UAGUGUUGCUGAUGAGACGCUGAUAUUAUUCUCUUGACACGUAGCUAAGUUGGCGGAGUCCAGAGUUGAAUUGUUCAACGUUGCAGACGGUCAGAAAUGUCAGGGUCAGGGUUUGACAACCUCAACACAGAUUUCUACCAGUCCAGCUACAGUGUAGAUGACCACGGGCAACCUGCUGGAUAUGGCUACAGUAACACAGAAGAUCCCUACAAACAGGGUCAAUAUGGUCAGUAUGACUACUCCCAGCCAAUGGGAUACGCAGCCCCAGGGAUGAUGCAACCUCAGCAGCCCUACACCGGCCAGAUCUACCAGCCCACACCGGCCUUCACACCUUCCCCCACACAGUCCAUGUACGGCAGCAGCUUUGACGACGAGCCCCCGCUGCUGGAGGAAUUAGGCAUAAACUUUGACCACAUCUGGCAGAAGACCCUGACGGUGCUCCACCCCAUGAAGGCAGCAGACGGUAACAUUAUGAACGAGACUGACCUGGCUGGACCCAUGGUGUUCUGUCUGGCCUUCGGAGCCACCUUACUUCUAACAGGAAAGAUCCAGUUUGGCUAUGUGUACGGCAUCAGUGCCAUCGGCUGCCUGGGGAUGUACUGCCUCCUCAACUUAAUGAGCAUGACCGGCGUGUCGUUUGGCUGUGUCGCCAGCGUACUGGGCUACUGCCUGCUACCCAUGAUCCUCCUUGCCAGCUUCGGAGUCAUCUUGUCUUUACAAGGCAUGUUUGGAAUAAUCAUCGCAGCCACGAUAAUUGGCUGGUGCAGUUUCUCUGCUUCCAAGAUCUUCAUCUCGGCCCUGGCCAUGGACGGACAGCAGCUUCUGGUGGCGUACCCCUGUGCCCUCCUCUACGGGGUCUUCGCCCUUAUCUCUGUCUUCUAAAGAGUGUGUCUGUCUACACCAGGGUUCCUCCGAACUCGGUCCUGCGGCUCUGGUGCACAUUUCCUUUUUUUGCCCUAGUACUACAUAGGUGUUUUGAAUAACCAACUCUUCAAGCUUUGAUUAUUUGAGUCAGUUGUGUAGUGAUAAGUCCAAAACCAAAAUGUGCACCCAGGUCGGGGACAGAGUUGGGGAAACCCUGGUAUAGAACAGUGUUUUCCAACUCCUAUCCUCCUGUACCUCCAACAGUACACAUUCUUCCUGUAGCCAGUACACAUUCUUCCUGUCAACU